AUGGUUGCCUUCCACUUGAACUUUAACUACCCAGAGAUGAAAGUAAUAAGCAAACCUCAAGACCAAGAGGUGUACUUAGGCUCAGAGAUUACUCUCAGCUUUGAGGUGGACAAAUAUAAAACAUACACAUUUCAGCACUGCAAAAAUUGCGAGCCCUUUGUCAUUGGUGAUAUAAUGGGUCUGGAGGAAGGAGGUGCAGUGACCACCGAGGACAUCAUUAAUAUAUUAAAAGGCCACGUGAAGGACAAUUACAAGUUUCAACCAGAUGCUCCACUGGGUACCCGUCACUGUGAUUAUAAUCCCAGUCUGAGAGAUCAAAUUCACUGUCUGGUGAACGUGGUGUCAGCAAACCAAAUCUCUUUAAUGCAAGAUGAUGUCAUCCAAAAAAUGAGGCACAUCAGAGAGGCAGCAAGUGAUAUGGGGAUCCCUCAAGUGGUAAUUAUGACCAUGGUGGAUGAGGCCUGCCCUAUAGUGCACAACAACCUGAACAAGAUUUACCGCAGCGCCAAAAUCAAAGAGAAAAUGGAGGUGUGUCAUACCAGACUGGGUGUUCCCAUGAGCUUCAUUUUUCCAGUGAAGAACUACCAUGCAGAAACUUCACUGAAUCCAGAAGUGGACUACAUACUCCUACAUGCUCUAAAGCACAUCAUACGACUGGCAAAUGACUAUGCUGACAAUCAGUGA